AUGGUGGCCCCAAGGCCCGCCCUCUCACUGCUAUUGGCUGUCCUGGCCUGCACGGGGCCCGUGCGCCCCUCACCCCCCCUGCUGCUGAGGCCCCGGGAGAGAGAGAGGGACUCGGGUGGGGUCAACAUCGCCGUGGUCCACUCGGGCUCCUCCCUGCUUCCGGAGACGUCGGUGGUGGGAGGGGCGGGGGUCGGCGAGCCGGGGACGGGCCAGGGCCAGGGGCCCGGUCCGGGAAACGGUCCGGGAGGAGGAGGAGGUGGAGGAGGAGGAGGAGGAGGAAGGGGAGUGACGGAUACGGCCUCGGUGGAAGGAGUGGCGGCGAGGGCCUCGUUCUCCUCCUCCUUCUCAUCACCCCUGUCCCUGGCGGCACUCGUAGGGGAGACGGUGAUGACGCCGUCGGGUCAGGCCAACGUCAUCUACCUGGCCGUGAACGAGAGCAGCCCGGCCACCCUGCUGCUGCAGCUGUGUGAGCUGCUGGCCACCACCCCCCUUCAGGGUUUGGUGUUUGAAGAAGAGAGACCGCCUCCCCCCAACCGCGCCCCUCUGGCCCCCAUGCUGGAGUUUGUCUCCGCCCAGACCGGGGUUCCCGUGGUUGCCGUAGGGGGAGGGGCCAGCCUGGGCCGAGAGCCACAGGAGACCGGCUCCAUCUACCUGCAGUUCACCUGCUCCACCGCGCUGCAGCUCGAGGUGAUCUUCGAGGUGCUGGAGGAGUACGACUGGACCUCCUUCUCCGUGGUGACCACCCGCCACCACGGCUACGAGGACUUUCUGGCCAUGGUGGAGGGCAUGACGGACGGCUCGUUCAUCGGCUGGGAGAAGAAGAGCGUGGUGAUCCUCAACGUGACGGACGACCCCGGAGGCGCCCGGGUCAAGAGGCUGCUCAAAGACAACGAAGCCCAGGUCCGGCUGCUGUACUGCUCCCUGGAGGAGGCCGAGCUGGUUUUCCGGGCGGCCUGGGCGGCGGGUCAGGCGGGUCCCAGUCACAUGUGGUUCGCCGUGGGACCGGCUCUGUCCGGUCUGGGCCUGGAGGGGCUGCCCAAGGCCUUGUUCGCUAUUCGGCCGCAGGGCUGGAGGGACGAGCCUCGAAGGCGCAUCGCCAAAGGCGUCUCGGUGCUCACCCACGGGGCGAUGGCUCUGCGGAGGGACAAGGGCCCCGCCAGCCGCUCGCAGUACGCCAGCAACUGCCAGACCGACCGCAACCAGACCAACCGGGUGACAGACAGAAUCAGGUACUUCACCAACAUCUCCAUCGGCGGGCGGGAUUACUCCUUCAACAGCGACGGCUACCUGUCCAACCCGCUGCUCGACGUCAUCUCCUACACCAAUGGGAGAGGCUGGGAGGAGGUUGGCUGGUGGGAGAAUGGCCACCUGCGUCUGCGUUACCACCCUUGGUCUCGCUACGGCUCCUUCCUGAAGCCGCUGGAUGACUCCCAGCACCUCCGGGUGGUCACCUUGGAGGAGCGGCCCUUUGUCAUCGUGGAGCCGGCCGACCCCGGCACCAGCUCCUGCAUCCGGGACUCGGUACCCUGUCGAAUGCCCGUCAACACGAGCCUGGUGGUGGACGGUGCCGGGCCCAUGAAGCACUGCUGCAAAGGGUUCUGCAUCGACGUCCUCAAGCGACUGGCCAAAAUAGUGGGCUUCACCUACGACCUUUACCUGGUGACCAACGGGAGGCACGGGAAGAACAUCGACGGGGAGUGGAACGGCAUGGUCGGAGAGGUGGUGUCCAACAGAGCCGACAUGGCCAUCGGUUCCCUCACCAUCAACGAGGAGAGGUCAGAGGUCGUGGAGUUCUCCGUCCCGUUCGUGGAGACCGGCAUCAGCGUCAUGGUGUCUCGCAGCAACGGCACGGUGUCGCCCUCCGCCUUCCUCGAGCCCUACAGCCCGGCGGUGUGGGUGAUGAUGUUCGUGAUGUGCCUGUCGGUGGUCGCCGUCACCGUCUUCAUCUUCGAGUUCUUCAGCCCCGUCGGAUACAACCGCAGCCUGCAGAGCGCCAAGAAGUCCGGCGGCUCCAAGUUCACCAUCGGGAAGUCGGUCUGGCUGCUGUGGGCGCUGGUCUUCAACAACUCUGUGCCCGUGGAGAAUCCCAGAGGAACCACCAGCAAGAUCAUGGUACUGGUGUGGGCCUUCUUUGCAGUCAUCUUCCUGGCCUCCUACACAGCCAACCUGGCUGCCUUCAUGAUCCAGGAGGAGUACAUCGACACGGUGUCGGGGCUGUCGGACAAGAAGUUCCAGCAGCCGACUGAGCAGUACCCGCCGCUGCGUUUCGGCACGGUGCCGAACGGCAGCACGGAGGAGAACAUCCGCUCCAACUAUCCCAACAUGCACCAGUACAUGAUCCGGAACAACCAGAAGGGAGUGGAGGAGGCCAUUGAGAACCUCAAGACCGGGAAGCUGGACGCCUUCAUUUACGACGCCGCGGUGCUGAACUACAUGGCCAGGAAGGACGAGGGCUGCAAGGUGAUGACCAUCGGCUCCGGGAAGGUGUUUGCCACCACCGGCUACGGCAUCGCCCUCAACAAGAACUCCCGCUGGAAACGCCCGCUGGACCUGGCUCUGCUGCAGCUGGUUGGAGACGACGAGAUCGACAUGUUGGAGCGUCUCUGGCUGUCGGGCAUCUGCCACAACGAUAAGAUCGAGGUGAUGAGCAGUAAGCUGGACAUCGACAACAUGGCGGGGGUCUUCUACAUGCUGCUGGUGGCCAUGGGCCUCAGCCUGCUGGUGUUCGCCUGGGAGCAUCUGGUGUACUGGAAGUUACGGCACUGCGUGAAGCGAUCCAGCGGGAUGGACUUCCUCCUGGCUCUCAGCAGGGGGAUGUACAGUUGCUGCCAGUUUGAGGAUGAAACGGCACCAGGAGGAAGCUCUUUGCCCCAGUACCACACCAUGACCGCCAUGUCCACCGCAGCCCAACAACACCUCGUCACAGCCACGAUAAAUAACACCACGGCCAUGGCCAUGGUUCAGCAGCAGCAGAAGCACCACCAACAACAGCAACAGGGGCCGACCUAUACCUCCAUGUUACCCGGGUCGUCACCAACGACGGGACAUUCCGCAAUGGCUCUAGGACCCUCAAACAGCCCCUUGCUCGAAGGCCCCAUGCCCUGCUCCUCCUUCUUGCCUCGCCAUGACCGCAGACUUGCUGUGGUCGAUCGCUGGAACAGGGCAAAGCCAGAGAAGGUCCUGAGUGGAGGAAGUGGUGGAGGAGUGGGUGUCGGGGGGAUAGCAGGAGGGAUUACUGAACUUCAGGCCCCACAGUAUCAGCUGAAUCUUGGACAGCACUGGAGCCUGCAAGGCGGAGUUGCAGGUGGAGCAGGGGGAGGAGGUGACACAGGGCUAGAUGAAUAUAAGCGCUACUAUGGUCCUAUAGAUCCAGAAGGGCUUGGAGCUAACGCUGAACAACAGAUAGCAGGCCCCCAGCAGACUCCCAAAGCUAAUCCUAGAGGGCCCAAAGCCACAGGGAUGCCACGGCUCCCUCUUAAAGGCACCCAGAUAGGCCCCCAACAAGGCCUCCAACAAGGCCAAGGGCACCAAAUCCCAAAGCCACCUCCACUGCUCCCCUCUUCCCCACGAAGGCCUCCUUUCUGGCGACGAGGAAGCCUAGCUCAGACGAGUAGGAAAAACUCAGGAGGUCCUCUGUAUGAGAAUAUACUCCCUUUGGGUAGAAGAGGAGGUGGGAGGUAUGGAGCAAGCGACGGAGGUGGAAGGAGAGGGCGACGUCCUCCAGCACCUCUGCCUGUCCCACUCUCUUCCCCUACCCACACUCCUACCACUCCCCCUUCUCCAUGCCGUUUCUACUCCUCCUGCUCCAGUGCCUCAUCCUCUUCCUCUUCGUCUUCAUCGUCAUCAUCUUCUUCCUCAUCCUCCGCAUCACUGUCUCGGUCGAAUUCCCCCUCUUCUUGCUCCAGCGACAGCUCCCUCAACUCUUCAUUGAGUUUCCGGUAUCGAGCGGGCGACCGGGAUUUAACGGUCGAAGACGAUAACGAUUCAGAUCUGCUCACAGAGGAGUCCAGCCUCCUCCUGGGAACACGGAGGAAGGUCCGUUCCCGUCGCAUGUCGUCGCGCUCGCUGCCGUGCAGCCCACCGCCUCCACCGAUCCCGCCCCGGAAGCCACGCCCUCAGAGGGAUCGCGGCAGAGAGAGAACCGGCAGCCAGCUGGCCCAAUUACAGGAGUGGUGGGCGUCGUGGGGAGACCGAGAGCGAGGGCGUGGAGGAGCAAUGAGUCGGGCAGACGGAGGAGGAGGUAGAGAGGACAAGAGACAUCACAAAGAGAGGGAACGUGAGAGGAAGAGGAGGAAGAAGGGCAGGAAGAAAAAGAAGAGGGAGGAGAGGGAAAGAGAAAGGGAGCGAAAACGGCGCAAAGCAAAGAAGAGGAAGAAAGAGGAUAAGAGCCGGAAGAGAGAGCUGAAGAGGUCCGAGCAGGAGGGAGGAGAUGCUGAAAAAAGAGAGGACCUCAAAUCAGGGACGCCAGAUUACCCAUCAUACCCAGCCCUGAGGCGAGAGUCUUUUCGGAAAAAGAGUGAAAGUUCCAUCCGGAGCUAUGGAUGGAACGUCCCCGGCGAAGAGGAGAGGAAGGGAAGAGAAGAGAAAGAGAGGGAUGAUGGGGAAGAAAGUAGAGGCAAAGAAAGACAAAACAGGAGAAGGAACAGCAAGCCCUUUCCCAUCUCCAGCAGUAAGCCUUCGACGUCGGUCAAGUUCUGGGGAGGAGUCAACGCGUCCUCCGACACCAUUCCAUCUGCCUUUCUGCCCUUGUUGCCUGUCUCUUCUAAAAGGAGGAAGAGUAAAAGUUCAGACCGGGAUGCUGUGGGAAUGGAAGUGGAUAGGAGGCCAUUGCUGGGGCGGGAUGGACGGACCGAGAUGCUCUCCAAGGAGGGGUUACCUUUCCACGACUGGGAGUCCGGAGCAGAGGGCGAGGAAGAAGAUUCUGAGGUGGAGCGGAGGAAAGCGAUCCGUCGUAAAAGACGUGGCAGAGGAAGGACAAUGUCAGAUGAGGAGCGGGAACGCGAUAAGGUCGUCGGGAUAUAUUCUGACGACGACGGCUCUUCGGGAGAGUUCGGAAAGUUCGAGAGGUACUGGGAGGAUCAUGAAGGCAGGGCGGUAGGAGGGAUCGGCGGGGGUGGUUGGUUUUUCAGCACCUACCCCUCCAGGGAUAAAUCCGGUAGCAUCAACAGUCGAGAUGACCUGUUCCUGGAGCGGGGAGACAGGUGGGGGACAGCAGAAAGUAGAUGGGGGUCUAUUGGAGGUGGAGGUGAUGGUGGCGGUGAUGGAGGAGAUAGAGGAGUGUGGGGAUCGGGAUCACGAUGGCCCCUGACGCCGAUCACACCACCGCCUCCUCGACGAUACUGGUCCGUCGACAAGCUCCACAUGCAGGACGAGAAGAAGAGUAAACGCAGAUCGAAGGACAAGGGGAGAGGGCGCGCGGCUUGUUCCUCCUGUCAUUCCCCCCGACGCCAUCCGCACUCCCAUUCCUCAAAGUGGGCCCGCGUGGCCUCGCGAAGCCAGGAAGAGCUGUACCACCAGAGUUUUGGCGGCCCCCUGAAGCCAAAACACGACUCCUCGUCCUCCUCCAAACCCGAGCGGAAUCCGCCCAAAUCCGGCAGCCAGUCAAACCUCAGCGUCCAGCAGCGAACACAACGAGCGGAUAGAGAUCGAGGACGGCCAUCAUCCCCACCCCCGAGCCUCAUAUCAAACCUGCCGCCCCCACUACCCGCCCUUCCAGCUCCUCCAUCCUCAUCUCACCCCAUUCACGUUCCUCCGCCUACCUCCUCCUCCUCCGUGUCCUCCCCCUCUGUGGUCUCAUCCACUCCGGGGGCGCCCCAGCCCACCUCCAUGGCUUUGGCGAGUGCUAAACUACAGUACCAGAGGUUGCGCUCUGUACCCCAACCCCAGAGGUUUCCUCAGUCUCCUCACUUACCCCUCAAAGCCAAGAGCCUUUGCUCGCGAAGGGGCUCGGCCCAUUUCUCCAGUGUGGAGAGCGAGGUCUGA